AUGGAUGUUCCCAAUGAUGGCCAACCAGAAUUGAGGAAAAUUUUUUACGAAACGAUUGUGAAAGAACCAAUUGAAAUUUACGGAAUGUACCUGACUGAUGUCGUGGAAGCUCCCACGAGUCUCCAAGCGGCAGCAUAUAAAAUAUGUAACGAGGAGAACAAAGUGUGCUCCGUUACACAGCCCCAAUCCGACAAUUGCUCUUUCAGGAGUUCUUUCUGGCGGUGGGUGCUUCGUUGACGAAAGAGGCGAGUUAUAUGUUCAACGCCGCCAACAGCCACGAAGACCGUUUCGAGCGAUUUUUUAUAAAAGAGGGCACAGACACUUUGAUCUAUUAUUACGAUGAAAACCGUAAUCGGAUGUGCUAUCGUCUGGAGAACACUGAUUAUCGCGAUGCGGGCGCCAGCUUCGCGAACUACCUGCUUACACAGUGUGACUAUCAAAUCAAGGAGCUCAAGCUCGAAAUGGUGAGUUGAGCGGCUGUUCUCAGAUAUCAUAAAGUUCGUCCAUUCAGUUGGAAAACCCGAUUCAAUUUUGUCUGGGAAGAACCCUUCCCGUCUGCAGAAAAUUCGAGACUACUGAUUCACGAGAGACACUUUUGAAGUGGUGGUUGCCGAAGUUCCCGGAGCAAAUGGAAUUUGUGAACUUUGACGAUGGCGUCAUAGACGGAAUUGACGAAAUCGUCGGCACUGAGAUCAUCAACCUUCCACAAAUUAUGAAUGCCGAGUAUCUGCGACUCGAGAAAAAGAAUGAGUUCGGAGAUGAACAACUUCUGGCUUGCCGCAUCAAAGAUCUCUCCCUCGACUGGGGAAGAGUCACCGAAAGCGGGAUCAACACCUUUUUGACAGUAGGACAAGAAAAGAAGACACCGACAAGAAAACACUUUUCCUUAUUUGCAGAAAUGGGUGUACGGAGACGGUGUCGAAGGUUUCAAACACGCAAGUUUUGGUUAUCCAUCAGAAGAAAUGUGGCAUCUUUUUGAUGGUUUAGAAAUUAAAUUAUGGAAUGAGGAGUUCAACACAGAGACGUAAGCUCAAAGUUCAGAACGUCAACAAUUCAUAAAGCGUUGCAGGGACGGAUUCUGCGAGAGGUUCCUGAAUUUCUACAAGCGUAAGCGUCCGCUUGCCUACAAUGACUUCUAUCAGCUGCUGAGCAAAAACGAUCCUUUCGAGAGUCUCACAGUCGCAUUGAACGAUUCAUUCAUCGUCGUGAGUGCGACCGGCAAGCGAGUGGAGACCGAAGACGGAGUGCUCACGCGCUACAGUAUUCCCGACAAUCCCUACUUCUACAACUAG